UCUGGGUGACCGUCACCGCCAUCUCAGUGGAGACGCCGCCGGAAGUCCUGCGGGCUGCCCGAGGCCGGAGCGUCACCCUCCCCUGCACGUACCGCACCUCCGUCCUCGAGCGGAAAGGAUUCAUCCAGUGGGACAAGCUGCUGUGGAGCCACUCGGAAAGGGUGCUCGCCUGGACAUUUUCUACCAAAGACUACAACUACGGUAAACUGUAUGAGAACCGUGUCAACCUGUCGGGCAAUGCCGAGGAGUCCGACGCCUCCAUCAUCAUCAACCAGCUGACCAUGGACGACAACGGCACCUACGAGUGCUCGGUCUCGCUGCUCAAUGACCUGGACGGCAUCUCCAAGGCCCGAGUCCGCCUCCUGGUCCUGGUGCCACCCUCCAAACCUGACUGCAGCAUCCUGGGCGACACCGUGAUUGGAAAUGACAUCCAGCUGACCUGCCAAUCGAAGGAGGGCUCCCCGGCCCCUCAGUACCGCUGGCAGAGCUUCAACCUCCAGAACCAGGAGCGGAAGGGCCCGCCAGAUUUUGGUGUGGAUUUUGGUGUGGAUUUCGAUGUGGAUUUUGGUGUGGAUUUCGAUGUGGAUUUCAAUGUGGAUUUGAUAUAG